AUGUCGCGACCAGAAGAGAGUCUUGAGUUUCAGAGGGCUAUACCUAUAUUUAACAAAACGACGAUUUGUAAAAAAUUAACAGAAGAAAUUCAUAAAUUAAUGAACUUAAUUUGGGACAAAGGAGCAUUAAAUAAUAUAGAGAAUACUAAAGAUAGAUCCUUAUUAAUUAUCCAAAAACAAAAGCCAAGGACAUUUCUUAACUUUUUAUUCGAAUCAAUGCAAGAAGGAAAAAAAUAUUUGGAGCAAGAUUUUCAGGAUGGCAUUAAUACGAUAGCUAUAGCUGUAAGUCAAAAAGUAUACGAGGAACUGAACCAAAUCCACGGAUCGAACGAUUCGAAAUAUGUUCCAAUAACAUAUGAUGAUAUUAAAAGUAUAAAACUGUUGGAAAGAGUGAUCAAGGAAACGUUACGCCUUUUUCCUCCAGAUUUAGUCAUCCCUCGGAAAGUAAAGAAAGAUAUAUAA